AUGCAUUAUUUAUCAAUUUCCACAGCAAUUGCCUCCUGCUAUGCUGGAACCGCACAAGUUGAAACCAGAUUGUUAGGAUGCACCUGCCCUAACUUGUUGACCGGCGUCGCCAAUUUGAUCACCCAACUUCAAGCCACUCUUGGUCCGCUAUUGACCCAAUUGGGCGGUCUAGGAUCCUUCGUUAACCAAAUUCUCGAAUUGGUCAAGAACCUCGUCAUCCAACUUGGCAACGCUUUGGCCAACGGCGGUCUCCUUGGAGGACUCAACAACUUAGUCAGCGGCCUUUUGGGCCAAUUAGGUAUAAAUAUAUCACAAUAG